CAUCAGACGGCGCCACAUUCCCACAAUUUGCCACUUUUGACGUCUGCUGUCAACCAAAACAAUUUUUAAUUUAAAAAAUGGGCAUAACUAACGAUGUCAAUUUGCCAACAGAAGAAGAACUGACCGUUCAAGAAGUAAACCUCUCAGGCCCCGUUUUGAAAGCCGCUGCGUUUCAUUUAGGACGUUCUUGCUUACAUGAGAAUAAUGAAUUUAUGUUAUGUAGAAAUGAAUUAGGCGACCCCCGAAAAUGCGUGGAAGAAGGCAAAGCCGUUACAAGUUGCGCCUUGAACUUUUUCCGCCAAGUGAAAAAAACUUGCGCUGGCGAAUUUAUGCAAUACGUUAAUUGCAUUGACAAGUCUAGCCCCAAUCAGCAAUACACACCGUGUCGCAAAACUCAAGCUGUUUUCGAUAAAUGCGCCAAAGACAACAUGGGAAUUGAACGACUUCCAUUUGACCACUAUGCCAGGGUGCAGAUCCAUAAGACCGCCAGACCCAGACCCCCGGUCGAGGGCCCCGCCGUGUACCCCGACGCCACUCCCUAUCUGCCAGAGGGGGCCGAGAAGCCCCCAGCGAAACAUGGCUCUCGCUACAUUUUCAUGAAUUAAAACCACCAGUCUAUAGUCGCAUUCUUGUGGUAAUUUAGAAUGUUUUGUAGUGUUAAAAGCCUUGACAGGUCUGUUGUAAAUAAAUUUAAUAACAA